AUGGAGUUGCAAGAAAUGUUGAACGGCAGGGCAGAUAGGAAAAGAGUGAUGGGAGAACUGCGAAGGGUGAGCUGUACGAGGGAGGCAAUAGAGAAGUAUCAGGAGCAGCUUAGGAAGGUACACUUUGAAGUAGGGUCAGUGAAAGAGGUAUGGGAAGAUUUGAGAGAAGAAGGAAAGGGGCGCGUCAGUAACUUUUUUAAAUCAUUCGACAAGACAGAAAUUAGCCCUGAGUGCCAUGAAGUUGUUGUCAACGGAGUGAACAUCGUGACGUCACGCCUCGAUGACAUGGCGCACAGAGAUCUGCAGAAGAUGAUGGCCUGGUAUGAGAAUAAUCACGGGAAUGAAGCUAGCAUAGGAACUUCCGGUUUAGUGAAUGUGAAACCUGUCAGAAUGUUUGUACUGUCAACACAAACUGGCGUUUUUUUAAAAACAAACACAAGCCAGCCUGUUUGUAAAAAUGAAAUAUACUGCAACACAAUAUUUGCUAAUAAAAAUAGCAAAUUCCACAAACUACUCUUGAACAACACUGAUGGAGAAAAUACUUAUAAUUUGACCUUGAUACAGUUGAUGUUUUGCUACAAAUUUAAGGAUAUCACAGAUGUCAAAAAUGCCUCCCAAAAUUUCAAUAGUCUAAACAGGAUGCAGGCUAUCAUAGAAGGUUUGUUUCAGAGAGAAGAAUCUUCUUUUGCGCACCUGAAAUGGUACAGGAAUAAUUAGCAAACACAAUUUCAACAAAUAAAUGAAGUACAUUAACGUCGAAGAGGUAUUUAUAUAUUUGCAAAAUUGAAAAGGCUAGAGCAAACUGUUUAGUACGUUGUAAACGUAAUUUUAGACUUUCUCUAAA